AUGGCGUCCUCGAGCGGAAAUUCGUCCUCCGGUUCGCCGCCGGUUCAGAGCUCAGGCUCCGACGAGGAUCUGCAGAACCUGAGGAAAAGGAAGCGGAUGCAGUCGAACAGGGAGUCCGCCCGGCGGUCCAGGCAGAGGAAGCAGAAGCAUCUGGAUGAUCUGACGGCUGAGGUCGAUCGGCUGAGGAAGGACAACGGCCGGAUCUCGAGCAGCGUAGAUCUGACGGCCCAGCACUGCGCGAGGGUGGAGGCCGAGAACUCGGUCAUCAGGGCGCAGAUGAUGGAGCUUGCCCAGAGGCUCGAGUCUCUGAACGAGAUCCUCAGCUACAUGAGCUCCGCCGGCGGCGUGGAGACGGCCGAGUUGCAGGGGUUUGGGGAAGGGGCGUGGAGUAUGGUAGGGCUUAAUCAGCUGCAGCCUAUUGUGGCCUCGGCUGAGAUGUUCGAUUAUUAUUGUUAG